AUGUUGAGAAGUGCGGUACAUCGAUUUUGCUGUUGUUAUCCGCAAGACGCUGAUCAGCAACCCAUUAUAAACGAUGAUAGCGAAGAAGCGUUAAAUGAAGCUCAAACUCGUGGAAUUGUUGGAUCAGCAAAUCAAACGCUGGAUAAUUUAUGGGCAAGUGAUUCGGGAGGUUCAGUCACGUUUUCUUCUCCUGAUUCGACCGCUCGCAAUAAUGCGAAUCAAAAUAAAGAUGAGGAAGAGUUUUUGAAUCAAAUCCUAGAAACAACUCAACAAAGCAUUAUUGAUGUAACGAAUUCAGAGAAUACGUUAAAUUCUGGUGGUGAAUAUUCUUCCAGAAGUUUAAAUUAUCAAGCGAUCAUAAAGGAGCAUGACUUGAAUUCGCGAAAUAUUUUGCUAAAAGAUACGCGCACAGAUGUGCUUGAUUCUGAAAAGAAUUUGUUAGUUGAUGCUGGUGCAAAAUUAAACGAAUAUCUUUGUCAAAUCCCUUCUCACCAAAUUUUAUUUAAUGUAAGAGAAUUUGCCAAGAAUAUUUCGACUACUACAUCGAACGAUAUAAAAAUCGAGCAUACUCAGGACAUCCUUGUGUAUAUGUAA